AUGCUCAAUGCGCUGUCGCCCUCCGAUCUUUGGACCCACGGCAUGUCGCCGUCAACUGCUGCCUCGCUCUUUGAAGGUCUGCAGGCUCGCUCAGCACUGGCGGGACUCAGGGCACCACCCGCUACUUCAGCCGUCAGCUCGCCCAUGGCGCCCCCCGACCCAUCUCCAUGCCCGCAAGGCCACUCCAACGGAGCGCACGCGCUCACGACACCUGCUUCACUGCAGCGAGGCAAAAGGUGCCGAUCACCGGGCGCUCAGAGGCCCGGCGCAAGCAAGCGUCGCGCCGGCCAGUCAGGCGACGCCGUCGGUGGCGGUGCAUGUCACUUCGCGCCCACCGGGCUCGAUGCUCCUCACGAUGCGUCCGACAGCGACAAGACUCGCACCAGUCAGGGAGAAGGUGCGGGACAGGACGAGCAUGGACAGGAUGAACCUGCAGACAGGAGCAGAGCCUCGAGCGACACCAGCGGGCGCGGCGGCGGCGGCGGCGGCGAUGGUACCGACGGUGCAGACAACGAGACCCCUUCGGGUGACAGUCACAGGUCCUCGCCGGUCGAAGACAGUCCAGAUGCAGACGACGACGAGGACGAAGACGAAGAGGACGACGUGGACGACGACGAUGAGGGAGAAGACGACGACGACGACGACGACGACGACGACGACGAGUCACCGUUCAAGUUCCUGCAAAACUUCGACCCGUCGCUCUUUGCCACAAACCUCGAUGCGCUGAUUCCACCAGCACAGCCAUUGACCGAAUCGACAGCCCACCCAGACGCCCGGCGCGAGGGUCACGCCGCCCCUUCUGCGGCGGCGACUGACCAGGAGUUCUACAGCAACAUGAUCCAGGUCCUCACCCACCUGCUCGGAAGCUCCGACCAUGGCUUGUGGCAGGCUGGCGCGCACACUCCGGCCUCGAUCAUGGGCACAUCUCCGGCCGCCUUCGCCCAAAGCAGCCCCGCCACCCAUGCCACGCCCUCGAUCACCGCCAACCGCAACAGCCUGCUUGUGCCAUCUAGCAACAAGGGUCUGACCGGUCCCGCUCGCGGACAUCGCUCGGGGGGCCAGGCCGCUGGAGUUCCAGACCUGCAGCCUCUAAUCAGCGCCAUCAUUUCGAAGCUCAGCGGUAGCCAGAGCAGCCCUCGGCGGCCUGUCGGCGAGCAAGACCUCACCGACCUGCUGCAGUCUCUCAUGUCGCAGCAGCAACGCCUCCAGGAGGCGCAGAUGCAAUCGGGUCAGGUCGGAGCGCAAGACCAGACCCGCGACGGGCUGCACAACGGAUCCAACUUGCAGCGAACUGUCGACCCCGAGUCGCUGCAACUGCAGGCCCAAGAAGGCCAGCGGCACCGCCAGGCCGGUCACUCUGCUCAGAUUCAUCCUGACCAGGAAGAGCAGCAAGGGCAGCAAGAGCAGCAGCAGCAGCACCACGUCCAAGCUCCAACGCACUCAUCUGGCUCCGGUACCGCAGCAUCCCUCUCGGUCCCAGGGUCCGGGGGCUAUCCAGGCGGACAGGCCUCGACAGGACCCGCGCUUGGCUUUGCCGACCUCGUCUUCGAAGAAGAGGACGAGGACGAUCCCGACUUCAACCCGGACCUCAAUCCGGACCUGCCGAUGCCGUCGGCCUGGUCCCUGGCGGUUCAGGACGUGGUCAGCUCAAAGUCGUCCAAGGCCGCGGCCCUCGCGGCGGCGGCAUCCGCCCGACCCAGCCCUGCUGGCGCAGAGCACACACCCGCUCAAGAGGUGACGGCAAACGCAGACGCUCAGCGCCAACGCACCAUUGCACGCGCCACGGAGCGUCAGCGGCCGCUGCAAGCCACCUCGGCAUCCAUCCCAGAGAAGCAGCCGACUCGAGCGUUGGCCACAGCGCCUAGCGGCAAUGUCCGGACAGACAUUGAGGGUCAACGCGAGCCGCAGCACAACACGAGUCACACGGCCAGCCGCGGUCUGGCGAUGCCGCGGGACGAUCAGGUCCGAGCUCAAGUCUUGAGCGGCUCCAGGCUCGAGGUCGAGGCCGACUCGCCCAUGCAGAUGAGCAUCCAAGAGCUGGCCGGUGCUCAUCGGCACAGCGAGCCAGCGACCUCAGCAACACAACCGGCAGCCGUCGCCGCCACCCCUUCCAGGGAUGGUGCGCCCGAGUCCGGUCACGAUGCAACCGAGGAGGCAUCGCCGAGCGCGGAAAUCAAGCGGGGCCGCAAGCGGUUGUUCACCGACGAGGAGAGGCGGCUCCGUAAGCUCGAGCGCCAGGCUGAGUAUGCCAGGGCCAGGCGGGCUCGGCUGCGCGAAGAGCGCAAAGCCGAGCAGGGCAGCGCCACGCCGGGAGCUUCAUCGGGACGGGCGGCGUCGGGCAGGAUGAGUACCCAGGAAGCACUUGAGCUCAGGGCAGAAGUCAGCAUGCUGCGCAGCGAGAUGGAAAAGCUGAGGGAAGAGAACGCCAGACUACGGGCAUGUCAGGAGAGGAUCGAGCUCGAGCGACACCAGCCCCGAUCCGGCCCUUCGAGGCAUAUCUAUCGCGAGGAUCAAGCCAGACUCAGCCAUCGUCACGACGGACUCGCGCGAGGCCAGCGGAUCGGGCGCCACCGCGAUGCGUCGUUCGAUCGCGAAGGGGUUCCGCCGGGCGGCUACGCAGGCGCCUCGAGAGCAUCCAAGUUGAGACCACCCGACGGCCUGACCGCCCUUGACUCCGUGCCAUUCGAUGGGCCUGACGACGCAAGCUUCGCCGACAGCAUGAGCGACUACGAAGACGACGACGACGAGGGCGACGACGUCUGGUCCGGCUACGACGCAGCCCCGGCCGCAAGCUUGAGGGCGCGCGCUUCCGAGCGCGGGAGGCGGCGGGACGGCUUCGACGGCGCGGCAUCGACGCAGCGGCGAUACGUGCGCGUUUUCGACGAGGGAGUCGACGGGGUGGCUGCGUCGGCACACAGCCUCUACCUUUCUCGGGACGACGCUGUGGGCGCAGAAGCCAGACGCCAACGCGCGAUGAUGACGGCCUCUGGCGUCGACGCGCGACCGGGGCCGCACCGAGUCGCGCAACACUUCGGCCGCCACGACGCCUCCGCCGACACGUCGUUGGACUCGGCCGGCUCAGCUGUGGCGGCGGGACUGUCCGGUGCCAGGUCCGCUGGCCGUUCGAGCGGCGCACGUCGUCGGCCGCGGAUGAGCAUCGACGACUACGACGGCGGUGGCCACAGAGCCGCGACGCGUCACUACCGAGCCUGA